AUGGAAACAAAUCAAGGAUCCGUUUUUCGAAAAUUCGAGAUUGAUUCAUCAUCGCCUAACCAUCAAUUCCAUUCGAUGAAUGCUCUUGAGAUCUUGAGAGAAACCGUUCGUAUUCUCCGGUAUAAUCUCGUUGCUUUCAUGCUAAUCGCUGCUCUUUUGAUCUGUCCUGUUUCCGCCAUUCUAUUACCAAACCUCUUAGUUGAUCAAUCAGUCGUUAAUUCACUCACUGUCAGGCUUCUCUUAGUUGCGAAAUCGAGUGGUUUACCUCUCUUGCCUUUUGUGAGAAACUCGUGUCAGAAAUUCUCUGAAACAGCUGUUUCUUCUGCAAUGUGUUUCCCUCUGUUCAUCACUCUCUCGCUUUUGUCUAGAGCAGCUGUUGUUUACUCUGUUGAUUGCACUUACUCUAGGAGGAAAGUUGUCAUAAGCAAGUUCUUGGUGAUUAUGCAGAGACUAUGGAAACGUCUCGUGAUCACUUACUUGUGGAUUUCUAUGGUGAUUGUUGUUUGUCUCACCAGCUUCUGCGUUUUCCUCGUCGCGGUUUGUAGCUCGUUCUUUGUUCUUGGAUUCUCUCCUGAUUUCAAUGCCUAUGGAGCUAUCUUAGUUGGUUUAGGGUUCUCGGUAGUGUUUGCGAACGUUAUAAUAAUCUGUAACACGACGAUUGUGAUCUCGAUCCUUGAAGAUGUUUCGGGGCCACGAGCGUUGGUGAGAGCGAGUGAUCUGAUCAAAGGACAGACUCAGGUUGGUUUGUUGAUAUUUCUAGGAUCAACAAUAGGAAUGACGUUUGUGGAAGGAUUGUUUGAGCAUAGAGUUAAGAGUUUGAGUUAUGGAGAUGGGUCUUCCAGGAUUUGGGAAGGUCCACUUCUUGUAGUGAUGUAUUCGUUUGUGGUGCUUAUUGAUACAAUGAUGAGUGCAGUGUUCUAUUUUAGUUGCCGGUCUUAUAGUAUGGAAGCUGUGGAAGCUUUGGAAGCUUCGGGAGGCGAAACUCGGCCGAUUCUUGAAGUUGUGUCACAAGAUUUGCCUAUUCUCUAA